GCCCCGUGCACCCUGUGUGCCUGUCCAUCUGGAAGGCCCAGCAUGAGAGGCCCGACCGUCCUCCUCACUGUGGCUCUGCCCACGCUCCUAGCUCCCGGGGCCGGGGCGCCGGUACAAAGUCAGGGCUCCCAGAACAAGCUGCUCCUGGUGUCCUUCGACAGCUUCCGCUGGAACUACGAGCAGGACGUGGACACCCCCAACCUGGACGCCAUGGCCCGAGACGGGGUGAAGGCACGCUACAUGACCCCCGCCUUUGUCACCAUGACCAGCCCCUGCCACUUCACCCUGGUCACCGAUUCUUUUCAAUAUACCCCAUCAUGGUUGAACUCAAAGUCAUUGCUUAUUUGAAAUUUACAACUGCUGACGUUUUGUAACCUUCGCAUUCCAGAUAACAACAGAGAAAUGCAUAAUGUCCAGUGAAUUUAUUAAAGUUCCAAAGUCGGUCACGUGCAGUGGCUCACGCCGGUAAUCUCAACACUUCGGGAGGCCGAGGCGUGUGGAUCACGAGGUCAGGAGUUGGAGACUAGCCUGACUAACAUGGUGAAACCCCGUCUCUACUAAAAAUACAGAAAUUAGCCAGGCAUGGUGGCACGCGGCUGUAAUCCCCGCUACUCAGGAUGCUGAGGCAGGAGAAUUGCUUGAACCUGGGAGGCAGAGGUUGCAGUGAGCCGAGAUGGCGCCACUGCACUCCAGCCUGGGCGAAAGAGUGAGUGAGACUCCUUCUCAAAAAAAAAAAAAAAAAAAAGAGUUGCAAAGUCAUACUCACCUUUCUGCUCUUGUCAGACAAUUAAGGGGUCUUUGAAUACUUCAGCCCUAAUAAUUUGCUUCCUAACAUACAUAUUGCAGUGCUUAUCUAAUUUUAAAUAUAUUUUUGUUUCAACACCUAAUUUUUAAUUUAGAUCUAUCUGUAUGUUUACAAUAUAUUUUGCUCUGUGUUCAUUCUUUGAUUUCAGAACUUCAACCUUUCUGAAGCAUGUUUUCAGUUUCUUUUUAGUUUCUUUAGUGGAAUUCUGCUGGAGGCGUUUUGUUUUUUGUCUCUAAAUAUGUUAUUUAGCCAUAGGUUGAUGAAUAUUUUUCUUGGUUGAGAAUUUCAGAAUGGCAUUAUUAGUCUUAACAAAUAAUAUUGUUUAUUUUACCUUUCAUUCUUUCUGAUUUCAAUAUGAUUAAAGGUAAUUUGAUUUUUCUAGUGCUAAUUGAAAUAUUUUUCCCUUCCUGAUUGUUUACUAUUUCUCUAGGAGAUACGUAGGUGUAGGUUUAUCUCCAUUGUAGCUUGCUUAGCGUGCAUGGAACUUCUGAAUAUGCAGAUUAGUGUCUUACAAAAGUCUAGAGAACUUUCAGCCAAAAUACCAUCACAUAUUGUCCCUUCCCAGUUCCCUUCUUCUAUGAGAACACUCACUAAACACAUGCUACAUUUUCUCACUGUAUCUUCCAUGUCUCUUAAUGAUUCUGUCCACAUUUUGCAUUUUUAAAAAUUUUCUGUAAUGCAUUCUGAAAUAUUUAUGAACUCUCACCAUGGCCAUGUCUAAUCUGAUGAGUUCAUUUUUGAGUUUUUAAUUUAAAAUACAAAUUUUUAUGCAAACUACUUUUCAAAUUUGCCACAUCAAUUUUUUAGUCUCCUAAAAAUAUAUUCUUUUUAUUUUAAAUUUUUUUAAAGCAAAUGUGCUUUAUAAUGUAACAGUGAUAUUUCUACUAAUGAACCUUUAUGGAUCUGUUUGUACUCUUUUUCUGCUUUCCUUUCAAAUGGUGGAAUAUCAUUUCCUUGUGUACUUAGAUGCCUUUGAAUGACAAAUAUUUAUUUUUCUCUGAAAAUUAUUUUGUGCACUUUUGAGUAUUAGUAAGAAGAAAACUUGCCAAAGAGAAUUUGAAUUUUUUUGUGAGUCUACUAAAGGCACCACCAUUCUGGGACCACAUUAUGUUAAUUCUUGGUCUAAAGGUGUUUGGACGUAUGUUUGGACUGCACAUUUAAACAAUUUUUAAAUUAAUUGCUGUAAAUCAUUAGUGAUUGAGUUUCUUUAAAUCUGUCCAAUCUCAAGUCAUUUUUAUUUGCCAUUUCCAGGGAAUGUGAAAUGGGAUUAAUUUACCUAUGAUUCUUCUUUAUACUGAGGAUAGAAAUUUUGGUCCUAGCUUUAGGGAGGAGCUGCUGUGUGAUGCCCUAUCCUGGGAAAAGCUAUGUAUUUCUUUACUGUCCUAUGUGAUGUAUGACAGUAGGAAUCUGCACUCAUUCAUUUUGGUACAUGUCCGUAGGGCGAAAUCAGUUUCAGUGUUUAGGUAUAUUUUGUCUGCUCCCUGCAGUCCCAUGGUUUUGAACUUAUAUUUUACUUUUUUUUGUGAACAUACCAAUGCUUCAAUUUUUUUCCAGUAAUGUAAUCAACUAUAUUAUGAGAAAGAGAAAAAUUUUGAGAAAACACAAAUUUCAUGUUUUCCUACUCUAAUUGGCUUUUACGUAAAAAUACAGGUAAAAUUUAUUUGUGCUUUUUUGCUAUUUCUGUUUUGCUAUUCUCUGUUUGUCUAUGUCUUCUCCACAUAGACACAAUUAGGGAAUUUUGUACACUCUUGUGCCAACUGCUUUGAUAGUAACAAAAUGUAUUUCUCGAACUCCUAGGUAUAAAACUUAAGUAUCCGCAAUUUAAAUUCUUUUUCCCUCACUUCUAUUAUGUUUCCAGUCUCAAUAGAAAUCGAUGCCAAUCCAGAAAUACAAGCAUUAUUCUAAUACUUCUCACACAUUACAGAGAUAGAUUAAAUUUUCUAGAUCUCCUUAAAUACUAUCAUUUUUCACUACUUUUAUCUUAACUGUUAAGUUCAACAUUUUCUAUAAUAUUAAUAUAUUGUGAAAAUUUCCUUACUUUCUUAUUUGUCCCAGGUUCAAUGUUUUGCAGUCUCUACCUCACCCUGUGAAGCAUAAACAUUGUACAUGCUGUACAAAUAAUACAUAGUUCAUGUGCUUAGAGAUUGCACAAUUUUUAUUUCGUUGAUAAUAGCUAAUGUUUUCUUCUUCAUUUUCUAUUUCCUGAUUUUUCUUUAUUUAGUAUAUACUACAUUAUCAUAAAAAUAAGAACGUUUUACAAACUAAAGCAAAAGCAACCCUAGGAAUAAAAUGCACAAAUAAAAUAUGUAAACAUACAAUUAGAUGUACCAUAUACCCCUCUAAUUUAUUUAGACAUUUAAUUUUAGUACGAUUUUAAUUAAAGUCUGUGUAUUACCUGUCAUCAUCUUAGUAUUUUUUAUAUAACAAAUUUUGUAAAUCAAAAAGUCUCAAUGUCAUUAUAAACUAUCUUGGCAGAGGUUGAUGUCCAAGGAAUAAUUCCUCUCCCAAAUUAUACCAAUCAGAAUUUCACUCUACCAUAAUUCUUUUAAUCAGUUUCAGAGGAAUAAUAAAUUUCAAAAUUGUUCAAGGUACUUGUUGUAGUUCAAGUACAUUUUGACAGGUGUAAAACUGUAGACAGACUGAUAUAAACAUAUUCUAAUUGACUCAAAAAUAUAGAUUUUAAAAUGUCAUGUCAAUAUAUACAUGUUCUCCUUGUGAAAUAAUUGCUUUUUAUUCUCUGGAUAGAAUACUUUAAUCUUUAAACCUUCAAUUCACUGUUAAAAACAAAAUAUUACAUAAGGAUAUGCUUAUAAAAAUAAUUCACAACUAGCUUUUCAAUUCAGAAAUAUAUGUGAAAAAUCAUCAAGCAUCUAAUGGAUUUCAAGGAGAAAUGGGUUAGUAAUUUAUUCCAUAUGUCUCGAUUUUUCCUAGACACAAGGCUUCCUUUAAAAUAAUUGUAGGCAUUUAAGAAACCAUGUAAACUAAAAACAAGAAAUUGUGACACUGCCACUUAGGUUUUUUAAAUCUUUGGACAUGAAUCAAUAUAUUUUUUUAAAUUUUAUCUUAAUUAGACAUUGUGAGUUCACCAUCUUCCUGUCAGUAUAGCAUCCAAGCUGAUUAUCAUAGAUUACAAGUUCAACUAUCAACUGUGUUCUGAGAGUCUAAAAAAAUAAAUGAACGUAUUUGUUUGGGUAUUCUUAAAGCAGGAGUGAGGACACAGCGAAAGUGAGACAAGGAAGAGAGAACAAAAUAAAACAGGAAAGACAGAAAAGCCAAUACCACACGUGUUAAGAGGCAAGUUCCUGCGUUAGAUAUCUGGGCUUAAUUCUCUGGGAAGCUAUGUGGAACAUGCCUCACAAUUACAUCACUGAAUCCAGGGAGAUUCUUCUUAGUUACCCUCACCUUUUCUUCCCACUUCAUGCCCAGUAACAAGCUCCCGUGCUGCUAGAGAAAGUCCUCAGCUAGAAACAGGUGCAAAUUCUGGAGAUGAGGCCUUGUAGAGUGUUAAGAAUGAUUUUCUUCCCAGCAGCUACAGGUGAGGAAUAGGGGCUGGGCUAUUAAUACACCUGCUACAAAUCAAUAUACCCCUUAUGCUCCUUUUGGUGAUCGACAAUGUAUUUAAAAAUAUUAGAUGAUCAAGAAGGGCUGCAGAAAGGAGGAAACGGAAACAAACAGCACACCUCUUGGUUUAUUUUUAUUCAUUUCAUCAGUGUCAAGGAAAAUGUGUUGGGAGUUCCUGGCAUAGAGAAUGUCACAAAGACAUGUUUUCAAUAGUGGUGCUAUCCCUAGGGCAGAGAAGACCCAGAGAAAGCCCAAGUGGCUGCUGGAACAAAGUCAGACACCAUGCCACCUGUCCACACUCCUUGGCUCUGCCAUCAUGCUGAAGAUCGGUUGAAAGGACUCCCUUCCCUACCCCCAAAAUUAAAAGAGCACAAACUGAGAAACUGAAUGUAGGAGACAGCAGUGGAUUAUGCUGUUCUCAGGGGUCACCUCAGGUUUGGAAGCAUUCUUUCAAACUAACCCAUCUCAGGCCAUCUGCGGAAAAGAAACGUGGUACCUAACUUUUUUUCUUGUCAGCAUUUGGUAGGGGUGUUUUAUUGACCAAAUAUGUUCCCACAACCUAGUUUUUUGUAACUAACUAAAUAUAGUAGAUUUUUAAAUUUUAUCAUCAAAAUCUAUAGAAAAUUUUUGAUUAAAAUAGACUCCACAUCUAUGUCCUGCUUUUCUUCUUCUUAUUAAUUACAGUGCUGUAUAAAAGAACAAGACUUCAGAAUCAAGAAUAUCUUGUCUGUUGGCAUUGAAUUUAUACAAGGUGCUCUUUCUUUAAUGCUGUCUCAAAGGACACAUUUUUACUCAUUAAAAAGGAAGAUCGGAAUCUAGUUGUAUGCACUGCUCCAACAUAUUAAUAAUUAAAAUUAGGAGGUAAAUGUGGUCAAAGCUAUAGAAAGACUUGAGAUGUCAUUUAUAUUGAUUACUGUAUAGCACUCUACAAACAGAAAUUGUGAAAUAAUAGUUUAUAUAAAUAUUUUGUAGCAUUUCAAAUAUUUUAGUGCCUGAAGUUUCUCCUCUUAUAUAGUUCAGAUUAUCAAUUUGGAGACUUACUCCGCUAGUUAAUAUGUUUUUAGUCUCGUUUGAGUAUUAU